GUCGGUUUCGGAGGAUGAAAUGGAUGAUGGUGCAGAAAGACAGAGUUUUAAAGGGCAUCAGUGCGAAUGAAGCUUAACCAAGCAGAAUGGAAACGCUUCCACUUAUCAAGGUGAAAGAGUGACCCAAUGAAGAGUAUAACCUUGUCAAUGUGCCAGAAUAGAAGUCACCUUGGUUCUCUCUUCCAAAAGCAGAAGGAGAGAAAGAAAAAGAGAGACAGAGGGAGAGAUAACGUGACGUCUCUGAUUGUUUGUUCACAGCAGGGAGGCAGGGAGGUGAGACCCUGAGGUGUUAACUUAAACAGCUUUGGCUUUAAGAAGCUAAAACAGACGUUGUGGAAGAAACCUACACAGUUGAGGCCUUUGUACAUGAUCUACCAUGGCCAAAGUGUUCUGCAGCCUCCUGCUUCUGGGAAGUACGGUGAUGACAGCCACAGCAUGCCCCAAGUACUGUGUUUGCCAGAACCUAUCUGAGUCUCUAGGAACCCUGUGUCCUUCUAAAGGCCUGCUUUUUGUCCCACCUGACAUUGACCGUAGGACUGUCGAGCUGAGGCUGGGGGGGAACUACAUUAUUAGGAUUACACAGCAGGAUUUUGUCAACAUGACAAGUCUUGUGGACUUGACACUUUCCCGGAACACCAUAAGCUCCAUCCAGCCUUUCUCUUUUGUGGAUCUUGAGACUCUACGCUCACUCCAUCUGGACAGCAACCGCCUAACUGAGCUCGGCCCAGACGCUCUGAGAGGACUGGUCAACUUGCAGCACCUCAUUCUUAAUAACAACCAGCUAGGCCACAUUGCCAAAGAAACAUUUGACGACCUGCUGCUAACACUGGAGGAUUUGGACCUGUCCUACAACAACCUGCAAAGUGUACCCUGGGAUGCCAUUCACAAGAUGCUCAGCUUGCACCAGCUCAGCCUUGACCACAACCUCAUUAGCCACAUUUCUGAGGGCACGUUCACAGACUUGGACAAGUUGGCCAGGCUUGACCUCACAUCAAAUCGGCUCCAGAAGCUGCCACCAGAUCCUAUAUUUGCACGGUCUCAAACCAAUAUGGUACUGAGUACACCGUACGCUCCUGUGCUGUCCCUCAGUUUCAGUGGAAACCCACUUCAUUGUAAUUGUGAGAUUUUGUGGUUGCGUAGACUAGAGCGUGAAGAUGACAUGGAGACUUGUGCAUCUCCUCCGAAUCUAAAGGGUCGGUACUUUUGGUAUGUGCGUGAGGAGGAGUUUGUCUGUGAGCCUCCAUUGAUUACUCAGCAUACGCACAAACUUCUAGUUCUUGAAGGACAGACAGCCAGCCUACGCUGCAAGGCGGUGGGUGACCCUAUGCCUUUCAUACACUGGGUGGCUCCUGAUGACCGACUUAUCAGUAACUCAUCCCGAGUCACUAUUUAUGAAAAUGGCACACUGGAUAUUAUGGUCACCAGCUCCAAGGAUUAUGGUACUUUCACUUGCAUCGCCUCCAAUGCCGCAGGAGAAUCCACAGCCUCAAUUGAGCUCUCCAUCAUUCAGCUGCCUCAUCUGAGCAAUGGCACAAACCGUACCUCACAGCCCAAAUCCCGCCUAUCUGAUAUCACCAGCUCCACAAAAAUCAGCAAAGGGGAGACCAAACCUCAGCCCGAACAGGUGGUGUCUGUGUCAGAGGUCACAUCUGUCUCUGCUCUGGUCAAGUGGACAGUGAGCAAAACAGCUCCCAAGGUGAAAAUGUACCAGCUCCAGUACAACUGCUCAGAUGAUGAGGUCCUGAUUUACAGGAUGAUACCAUUUGCCAGCAGAGCCUUUGUGGUCAACAACCUGAUGCCAGGGAUGCAGUAUGACCUGUGCGUGCUCGCCAUCUGGGACGACACCGCUACCACCCUCACCGCCACCAACAUAGUGGGCUGCGUUCAGUUUGUGACUCGUGAUGACUACCCACGCUGCCAGUCUCUUCACCGGCAGUUCCUUGGGGGGACUAUGAUCUUGGUGAUUGGUGGCGUGAUCGUUGCGACUCUCCUGGUCUUCAUUGUCAUCCUCAUGGUGCGCUACAAAGUGAGUAGCUCUUCCCAAGUCGCCAAGCUUGUAUCAGUGAGCAACACUUACUCUCAAACCAAUGGGGGAAUGCAGGCAGCACAGUUGGUUAGUGGUGCUCCUCCACCUUCGGCCUCCAAAGCCGUAGUUGUGAUGCAUGAUGAGGUUGUAGAGUUUAAGUGUGGCUCUUUGCAAAGCAGCCUCUCUUCCACUUCCUCAACAGACUCGAUUGGCAGUGAGAAGGUGGGACGUUAUGACCCGUGUGCCGAGUCCAGCAGUGGACCUCACAGAUGGAAGCGAGCUCCAGCUAAAACAAGGGCAAAUCUAGACCAUCUGCUUGGAGCUUUUGCUUCUCUGGACAUAAAAGCUCCAGCCAGGGAUCCAGGUAACCGUUCCUCCACAGGGGCCAUCAUGGCUGCCAUGAACAUUCUUUCAGACAAGGAGCCACUGCUGGGCCGCGGGGACUCCAGGCUAGGCCGCUUGCUCAAGCUGCCUCUGGAGAACAAGCCCAAGCGCAGUCACUCUUUUGACAUGGGUGAUGUUGGUGCUUCGCAGUGCCUUAGCUACCCACAGCGUAUCAGCAACAUCUGGACUAAAAGGAGCCUGUCAGUGAACGGCAUGCUGCUGCAGUGCGACGAGAGCGAGGGGGAAGGAGAUAAAGGGGCACUUGACAGCUCUGAAUGGGUCAUGGAGAGUACAGUCUGAUUAAUGGCCAUGACUUCUGACUUGUCUUUUGUCAGAAAAGGCCAGCUUUUUGGCAUCAGUCCUGUUUGGAUAAGAGCAAAUAGGCUGACUUUUCAAAGGAAGAAGGACUCCUAGGACCAAAUUGAAAGGAUAUGUACUGCAUGAAUUCCCAUGUUAAUGAUUUUGUCCUUCUGUCCAUUUGAUCAAAAUACAAACUCCAGGUUGACAUUGUGAGCAUAUGAAUGAGGGAAGUGGCAACAGCACGUGCUGGCCCUCAUCACUGCAGCCUGAACCUGAGGCUCUCACUGACUGCCUUGGCAAUUUGAGAACAGAUGUGGAUUUAUAUCCAAUCAUGAAUGAUGUAUGAGAAUCUCAGAGAAAAUAAGACUGAUUUUUUUUUUUUCCUUUGUCAAACUAAGUGUAUGUGCACAAACGACACAAAAGACUAAAUGCACAAAUUUGAUGAGAAUACAUUUGUAUGAA